AGAUGCCUGUACAAAAGGAGGGGGAGCCACAAUGCACGUGAAGAAGUACCUGCUGAAGUGCCUGCACCGGCUGCAGAAGGGCCCCGGCUACACGUACAAGGAGCUGUUGGUGUGGUACUGUGACAACACCAACACCCAUGGCCCCAAGCGCAUCAUCUGCGAGGGGCCCAAGAAGAAGGCCAUGUGGUUCGUGAUCACCCUGCUCUUUGCCGCCAUCGUCUGUUGGCAGUGGGGCGUCUUCAUCAGGACCUACCUGAGCUGGGAGGUCAGCGUCUCCCUCUCCAUCGGCUUCAAGACUAUGGACUUCCCCGCUGUCACCAUCUGCAACGCCAGCCCCUUCCGGUAUUCCAAAGUCAAGCAUUUGCUGAAGGACCUGGACGAACUGAUGGAGGCAGUCCUGGAGAGGAUCCUGGCUCCCGAACUCAGCCAUAUCAAUGCCACCAGGGCCCUGAACUUCACCAUCUGGAACCACACGCCUCUGGUCUUUAUCGAUGAGCAGAACCCCCACCAACCAGUAGUCCUUGACCUCUUUGGGGACAACCACAAUGACUCAGCAAGCAGCAGCCUAGCACCUGGAAGGAGCUGCAGUGCCCACGCGUGCAAAGUGGCCAUGAGACUAUGCAGCCGCGGUGGGACCUUGUGCACCUUCCGGAACUUCAGCAGCGCCACCCAGGCCGUGACAGAGUGGUACACCCUGCAGGCCACCAACAUCUUCUCGCAGGUUCCGAGACGGGAGCUGGUGACGAUGGGCUACUCGGGCGAGCAGCUGAUCCUGGCCUGCCUGUUCGGGGCGGAGCCCUGUAGCUACAGGAACUUCACACCCAUCUUCCACCCUGAUUAUGGCAACUGUUACAUCUUCAACUGGGGCAUGACUGAGAAGGCCCUCCUUUCGUCCAACCCUGGAGCUGAGUUUGGCCUGAAGCUGAUCCUGGACAUGGGCCAGGAAGACUACGUACCCUUCCUCACGUCCACGGCCGGCACCCGGCUGAUGCUGCACGAGCAGAGGUCGUACCCCUUCAUCAAAGACGAGGGCAUCUACGCCAUGUCGGGGACGGAGACGUCCAUCGGGGUGAUGGUGGACAGGCUGCAGCGCAAGGGCGAGCCUUACAGCCAAUGCACCGUGAACGGCUCCGAUGUCCCCAUCCGAAACCUCUACAGCUACUACAACACGACCUACUCCAUCCAGGCCUGUAUUCGCUCCUGCUUCCAAGACCACAUGAUCACCAAAUGCAGCUGUGGCCACUACCUGUACCCGCUGCCCCGCGGAGAGAAAUACUGCAGCAACAGGGAGUUCCCAGACUGGGCCUACUGCUACUCAGCCCUGCGCAUGAGCCUGGCGCAGAGGGAGUCCUGCAUCGAUGUCUGUAAGGAGUCCUGCAAUGACACCCAGUACAAGAUGACCAUCUCCAUGGCCGACUGGCCUUCUGAGGCCUCUGAGGACUGGAUUUUCCAUGUCUUGUCUCAGGAGCGGGACCAAAGCACCAAUAUCACCUUAAGCAGGUGAGGCUGGAGUCUGGAAUUCAACUAUCGCACCAUUGAGGAGUCAGCAGCCAAUAAUAUCGUCUGGCUGCUCUCAAACCUGGGCGGCCAGUUUGGCUUCUGGAUGGGGGGCUCGGUACUGUGCCUCAUUGAGUUCGGGGAGAUCAUCAUCGACUUCGUGUGGAUCACCGUCAUCAAGCUGGUGGCCCUUGCCAAGAGCCUGCGACAGCGGCGGGCCCAGGCUCGCUACGCCGGCCCGCCGCCCACCGUGGCCGAGCUGGUGGAGGCCCACACCAACUUCAGCUUCCAGCCUGACGUGGUCACCCCCGGCCCCAGUGCUGGGCCUUAUCCUGAUGAGCAGCUCCCGCCCAUCCCGGGCACCCCGCCCCCCAACUACGACUCCCUGCGUCUGCAGCCAUUGGAUGUCAUCGAGUCCGACACCGAGGGUGAUGCCGUCUAGACUCUGCCCCUGCCCAUCCCGGGAAGCCCAGGAGUUCAGCCCUGAGCAGCUGAGACCAUUGCCCAAGGCCCUGUUUAUGAUGCCCUCUCCACAGGGCCAGGAGGAUAGGUGUCCAAGGCCAGAGUCUGUCCCUCUCCGGAGAGGCUAGCAGCCCUGGCCAGUCCCAGUCCUCCAUGGGUCAUGGUGCUGGUUCAGGUGUGGGAGCUGUGUUCUGCGCACAGCCCCAGCCUGACCUGAUCCUUGGCCUGGGAUGCCCUCAGCCAGGUUUCCAGACCCCGAGCCUCCUCUCCUGAGGCGGGCCACUUCCCUCCCAGUGACAGUCACCGUCUGCCCCAGGCGGGCAUGCUGUGCUCUCUGUCCCCAGAAUCAGCAUUCUUUCCCUUCCUGGCCUGGGCUGACUGGGUGAAAGGGUUUAGUGGGGGCGGUGUUUGUGGAGAGCAGGAGGAGCAUCAGGCAUCGGGGGCCCUGCCAGGUGGCCCAUGUUCUGUUCUGGAAAGUAAAAGUAGAAAACAACAGA